AUGUAUAGGUUCGGUGUAGGGCUACAAGCAGAUUUCAAAUCCCAAAAGCGAAAGACGUCUUAUAAGAUCCCCACUAGCAGCGGAAUUGGCUUCGCAACGGUUAACCUCCCUGCACGACGUGGAGCAAGGGUAUACUUCACAACACGAUUUGAGUCACAAGCCCGAAAGACAAAGGAGAAACUCCAAAAUACGCACCCAGACAUCAACCCGAACAAUAUUGAAUGGCUAUUGCUGGACUUAACCGAUUUAAAGAGUAUCGAUACUGCUGCCCAUGAACUGAAAAAGAAGGAAAGAAAGCUGGAUAUCCUAAUUAAUAACGCUGCGGUUCCGACGUCAUCUACUGAGCUUGUAGCUCGUAUCUGGGAACAACAUAUGGCGGCCAACCAUGUGGGCCAUUUCCUCUUUGUCAAUCGCGUCUUGCCGCUGCUCAAGAAUGCUCUGAAAGCAAAAGAAACCGAUGUUAGGAUCAUAAACCUCAGUUCCCUCGCACAUGUCAGCGUGCUUCCGCACACCUUUAAGUUCAAAUUCGACUCUGCCGCUUGCCUCAGCAACCCGGUUCCCUCACACCCCUGGCAAUGGCGAUUUCUUGGCAGAUUCAUCUUCUGGUUCGAUAUGGUCCGCUACGCCGUGUCAAAGGCCGCCGUCGUGUUAUUCACAAAGGAGCUCCAGCACCGGUUGGAUGAGCAAGGUCUUCUUGUCAUAACUAUUGCUGUACAUCCUGGUGAGGUUGCCACUGAGGGUGUGAUGACGAUCAACAAUGCAUUCAUAAGCAUUUAUUUGAUUGGGUCUAUACGUUAG